UGCGUGGUUCUGUUGAAGGAAUACCGCGUUAUCCUGCCUGUGUCUGUGGAGGAGUAUCAAGUGGGACAGCUGUAUUCUGUGGCAGAAGCCAGUAAAAAUGAAACUGGUGGAGGUGAGGGAGUGGAAGUGCUGGUGAACGAACCCUACGAGAGAGAUGGAGAGCGUGGGCAGUACACACACAAGAUCUACCACUUACAGAGCAAAGUGCCAGCGUUUGUGAGAAUGCUGGCCCCUGUAGGAGCUCUGAAUAUACAUGAAAAAGCAUGGAAUGCCUAUCCCUACUGCAGGACUGUUAUUACAAAUGAGUAUAUGAAGGAUGACUUUCUGAUCAAAAUUGAAACCUGGCAUAAAUCAGAUCUUGGAACACAAGAGAAUGUUCACAAACUGGACCCAGAUGUAUGGAAGAAUGUAGAAGCUAUUUAUAUAGACAUUGCUGAUUGGAGUCAAGUGCUUCCCAAGGAUUACAAGCCAGAAGAAGAUCCAGCAAAAUUUAAAUCUGUCAAGACUGGACGUGGACCUCUGGGUCCCAACUGGAAGAAGGAGCUGGGGAAACAGACAGAUUGUCCAUACAUGUGUGCUUACAAACUGGUAACAGUCAAGUUCAAGUGGUGGGGUCUGCAAAAUAAAGUUGAGAACUUUAUACAGAAGCAAGAAAGGCGUCUCUUCACAAACUUCCAUCGGCAGCUCUUCUGCUGGCUCGACAAGUGGGUUGAUCUGACUAUGGAGGACAUCCGUAGGAUGGAGGAGGAGACCAAGAGGCAGCUGGAUGAGAUGAGAGAAAAAGAUCCAGUGAAAGGAAUGUCGGCUGCAGAUGACUAA